AUGAAGUCCAGUAUUUGGGCAAAUUUCUGGGCGAAGCUCAAGACAUUUGGUCUGGAUCAUAAUGACUUUCCCACCAUGAUGGAAAAUGUUGCUCUUCUUUUGAGAAUUAUGACUAUUAAUAUCUACAAAAAUUCUGUUGAACGUAUUCAUUUGUUCUUCUACAUAAUAACAUUAAUCGCGGGCGUAAGUUACUUCUAUACUUACAUUGUCUCCAUGUUCUGGAUGGUGUUCUUCCGCUACGGUCGAUCGGAUAUACAAGCGACAGCUAUAGCUAUUGCCUUUAGCACCUGCAGCGUCACUUGUAUCACGAACAAAGAAUUGAGGAACACUGUCCAUAAAUUUUUAAAAUGCGAUUCUCAAGUCAUACCCAACACAAGAUUUGCUAAGAAUCUGCGUAAGGAGCUUCGAGUUGUCAAGAAACGGGCGGCAGCUAUUUGGGUAUUUCUCGUCUCUGAUGGUGGCAUUUUCAUGGUAAUACCAUUUAUCGUUCCUGGAAGGCACUUUACCGUCGAAGUCUACCUACUUUAUGGUUUAGAACCCAUGCUGGAGACACCCAAUUACGAAAUAGCAAUUUGCAUCACGACUUUAAGUGUUGGGUUUGCCGUUUACAUAAUGGUCAGUGUGGCGGUAUACGUCAUAGUUAUCGUUGGAUACAAUGAAGCACAAUUAAAUGCUCUCAGCGAAGAACUAAAUAACGUAUGGGAUGAUAGUAAAAACUUCUACAAUCACGUUAAGCAUAGAGUAACCGAUAAAGUACACGCUGUAUACAUCCAAAAGCAAAUAAUGAAUGAAUUCAUAAGAAUCCGUCUGAGAGAUAUCAUAAAGUUUCACAUUGCAAAUAUUAAUCUUCUACACGAAUUGGAUGAAGAGUUUGGACCCACACUAGCAGUUGAAUACAGUAUUAUGGCAAUUUCUAUGAUAGCUGGACUACUUGGUGGAUUAGAAAAUACGUAUCUUCAACUGCCAUAUGCAAUUGUCCAAAUAUUUAUGGACUGUCUGGCUGGACAGCGAUUGAUGGAUGCUUGUGAUAAUUUUGAGAAAUCCGUUUAUUCUUGUCAAUGGGAAAACUUCAACGUAAGCAAUCAGAGAACUAUACGCUUGAUGUUGAUGAUGUCACAGAAAACUCUGAUGCUAUCAGCCGGUGGAGUCGCUAAGUUGAAUUUUAAUUGCUUGAUGAUUAUAUUUAAGUCGACUUAUUCGACAUAUACGACAUUAAAAUCAACGGUGAAGUAA